AUGGCACCUUCCAGCACCAGCGCCAACACCAACCAAAACGACCCUCUGCAGCACCCACUGCAAGCUACAGCUAUGGCAAUUCAGGGUGCUGUUCAGGGUGAAGGUCGUGCCCCUCGCAUGAGCCACAUGGCUAGCGCCAAUGAGGGUCCUGCGGACAUCAUUGCUAAGGUUUCUGGAGCUGUUCAGGGUGGAAAGCGUGAAGAUGAUGGUGCUUACUUCACCAACAACGAGGGCAUUCCCUUCCCCGACCCAGCACACAGCAAGACCAUUGGCGGUAUCCCGGUAGCCAGCGAUGUCUUCUUGUUUCAAAAGCAGCAACACUUCAACCGGUCGAAGCAGCUAGAGCGCAUGGUUCACCCCUGUGGAUCUGGAGCUUUUGGAUACUUCGAGUGCACAAAGGAUGUCUCUUCUCUCACAAAAGCCAACUUCUUGUCAAGUGUCGGUGAGAAGACUCCCAUCUUCAUUCGGUUUUCUACCGUCACACCCGGACGUGAGUUCCCUGAUGAGGCCCGUAACCCGCGUGGUUUCGCCAUUAAAUUUUACACCAUGGAGGGCAACUACGACAUUGUCGGUUUGAACUUCCCCAUCUUCUUCUGCCGAGACCCCAUCCAGGGACCUGAUGUCAUUCGAUCCCAGUACCGCAACCCCAAGAACUUCCUGUUCGACUACGAUGGCAUCUUCGACUUGCUUGCUUGCACGCCCGAAGGCAACCACGCCGGUCUCAUGUUCUUUAGUGACCACGGUACUCCCCAGGGAUGGCGCUUCAACCAUGGAUACGGCUGCCACACCUUCAAGUGGGUCAACGCUGAGGGUAAGUUCGUCUACAUCAAGUACCACUUCAUCGCCAAGCACGGUCAGAAGCAGUUCACACAAGAGCAAGCCACACAAAUGUGUGGUGAGGACCCUGAUUACUCGAAGCGUGAUCUCUGGGAGACCAUCGAGAGGGGCGAGGAGGUCGAGUGGACUGCCAAGGUUCAGGUCAUGGAGGCUGAGGAUGCCGACCCAGACAAGCUUGGCUUCGACCCCUUCGAUGUCACCAAGGUCUGGCCUAGGUCGCAGUUCCCCAUGCAGGAGUUCGGUCGCCUUGUUCUGAAUAAGAACCCUGAGAACUUCCAGCGUGACGUUGAAUCAGCCGCCUUCUCACCCGGCAGCAUGGUCCCCGGUAUUGAGGAUUCGCCCGACCCACUUCUGCAGUUCCGCAUGUUCUUCUAUCGCGACGCUCAGUACCACCGUAUUGGUGUCAACCUGCACCAGGUCCCUGUCAACUGCCCGUUCAUGGCUAAAUCCUACGCAACUCUGAACUUCGAUGGAACGAUGCGUGUCGACGCUAACCACGCCGGCAACAAGCAAUACGCACCCAACAGCUUCGCACACAAGUUCAGGCCAGACGUCGCCGAGGCACCAUAUCAGGUCUCUGAUAACGUCAUGAGCCGCAAGAGCCACUAUUGGCACGAGGGCAAGAAGAACGACUACGCACAAGCCACAGAGCUCUGGUCGCGUGUCAUGACCGAGGAGCAGAGGAAGAACACCAUAAAGAACACUGGUAACAUGUUGAAAUUCGUUACAUACCCUAUCAUUCAGAAGAAAUACCUCGCACAAGUGUACAACAUUGCGCCCGACUACGCCCAGGGCAUCUACGAUUUCCUUCCCAAGAAGGAGUUCGCGUUCUCCGAGGUCGAGGAGCUUGCCGUUGAUGCGCACCUCUGGUACAAGGAGAAGAAGUUCCGUCCCAGCAAUGGCGAGAAGCUGGUCGGCUAUACCCCGCCUAUGCCCAUUUACAACUAG